AUGGCUCUGGUGAAGGAAAAAUCAGUCAAAAACACGCUGGUGACUCCACUGACAAUUCAAGAAGCACCAGUGGUGGCGUUCAGCGCCAAGUACGUUGCAUAUGCCCACGCUUUCUUUGCCUAUUUGGCCUUUUUGUCAGCUCUUGUGGUCGGAUGCUGGUUGCAUUACACCAAAAUCGUCCAGAACUCGUCCUAUGGCUACCCAGAUGAGUGGUUUCCUAGUGUUUCAGCUGCUAUCGGAGAUAGGUACCCUGAAAGAUCGGUUUUCCAGGUUUUCAUUGCUUGUACUGCUGGACCUCGGUUCAUGCUAAUUUUCCUUAACUUCAUUGUUCUCUACAGAAAGAAGCUGAUCUUGCCAUAUAUUCUGCUCUUUCUGGGCCUUUUGAGAACUUUCACUUGUGGUGGUUGGGUCUAUAUCACCUCCACCGAUGACCAUGAUUGGCAUGAUAUCUUCAUGAUCGCUUAUAUUAUACUUACUAUUCCUUGGACGGUGACCGUAUCUGUUUUGUCGCCUAAGGGCACUACUGUGCGUCGUGGAAGACUGCUUACUGCCAUCACCUUUUUCCUGACGCUUGUGCCAUUGGUUUAUUGGUUUAUUCAGCACAAGGUACAUGUGAGACCUGGUGCGUACUCCAUCUACGCAUAUUUCGAAUGGCUGCUCAUCAUUCUCGAUGUUGCUUUCGACACUUGGUCGAUUAUUGACUUUGCUCCUGUGCAAUUCAGAUUGUACGGCAACAAGCUCGAAUUCGGCUCUGUUUCGCUGUCUGUUGUGGCUGUGAAAUCUGAGAAACACAUUGAACCAAAGAAGGUUGUAAAGACUCUUGAAGAUGAUUUCACCAUUUAUGAAUUCCUCAUCAAUACGACCAAUGCUUUUAUGUUUUGGACGGUGCUCACUUCCCUUUUAGUUUGCGUUUGGUACUUUCCACUUUGGCACAUGGGUAUUUCCGGUUACGAAGCAGUGAUUUUCGUUAUGUUCCUUGCUCCGAUCUUGCUUGCAAUUCCACCUUUCAGCUAUCUCUUCCUGCUGUACCCAUUUGUAGCCAGGGCAUUGACCGUGUUGUUUGGUAUUGGCGCCUAUAAGGUAGAGGAGCCAGAACAGAGACUUUUGGUUAUUACCGCUGGACUUGGUUUCGGAGUGAUCGCUACCGGAGCAGAGUUGUCUUCUUUGUAUCAUCAACCCAGAAAGUACACCUCUGUUUGGAUUUCCUUACUUGUUGGAUUGUUGACGACUUCGGUAUUCAAGUUCAUGUGCCACUCAAAUAACCCUGCGUGGCCCAUCAUGCACAAGGCUAAUGGAGGAUAUAACGAAGUGGCCAUCUUUGUUGGCCUUGCUGCUGCACUUUUGACCCGGAAGCCUGCUGCUCCAACACCUGUUGUCGAGAAAAAGGGUGGAUCCCUCUUGCUCGCAGCCUUUGGGUUGGGUGGGUACUUAUUCUGUCUCCAGGCCUACUUAAGUGACUCUUCCACCAUGAUCUACUGGACCUGGGAGGGAUACCCAAUUCGAGGACCAACGCCAUUGACCGGAGGAUUGUUCCAUUUUGCUGCUUUUGCUCUCGGCAUUUUGGCCUCGAUCCAGAUCCACCCUAAUUUGUUUGCAAGUCCCAUCUAUUCGUUAUUUUCGGCUGCCUCUGCGUAUGUUCUUUAUGCGUACAAGGGUUGGGUUGGCUUUGGCGGCUCCUUGGGAUACACAUUCUACCUUUCUUCAUUAGCUCCUUUGGUUGGUCAAGCAGUUGCAGGUUACAACAUUGCAGCACUUUUUACCAUUGCCUUCUUUGUGAGCAUCGUCAUCUCAUUGGCUAGUGUGUGGAUCGUUGCUUACGCUUUUGUGCCAGGAGGACCUUUGUUGAGAGAGAGAACUGAUCUCAUUGUUGCUUCCUCCGUGGCCCUUGUUACUCUUGCAGUAGUGAACUAUACUUUGCGCAAAAAUGCUUUGAACAUAACCAGAGUGGAAGUGAGAGGCUCCAGACUUUUUAGCUCAACCUUGAAGAUUAUCACUGUUCUCUCUGCCUUAUCUGUGGCAACCUUGUUACACAGAUAUCCUGCUGUUCCUUUCAAACCUUACAACGAAUCGUCCAAAUCGUUCACUACAGGAAUUUGGUGUGUUCAUUUUGGAUUGGAUAACGAUAUGUGGUCCAGUGAAACUAGAAUGAGAGAUCUCAUAAAGGAUGCCGAGGUGGAUAUCAUCGGGUUACUUGAGACUGAUACCGAGCGUCUCAUUGGUGGAAACAGAGACUUCACCCAAAAAAUCGCCGAUGACUUAGGCAUGUACGUGGACUAUGGUCCAGGGCCAAACAAGCACACUUGGGGAGCAGCAUUGUUGUCCAAGUUUCCAAUUGUCGAGUCCCACCAUCACUUGCUUCCUUCUCCUGUUGGAGAAUUGGCACCAGCUAUUCAUGCCACUUUAGACAUUUAUGGAGAGCUCAUCGAUGUUGUGGUGUUCCACUCCGGACAGGAGGAGGAUGUUGAGGAUCGUAGGUUGCAGAGUUUGGGAGUUGCCGAAAUCAUGGCUAACUCGACUCGUCCGUUGGUUCUCCUAAGCUACUUGGUUACUGAGCCAUUGAAGGGCAACUACAACACGUACGUGAGCGAAAAGACACGCAUGUACGAUAUUGACAGCACCGACUGGGAUAGAUGGUGUGAGUACAUUUUGUUCAGAGACCUCAAGAAGGUUGCCUAUGCCAGAAUUUCUCGUUCCACCAUUACAGACACUGAGCUCCAGAUUGCAAAGUUCAAAUUCCUUACUGACGAACAGCGUAGCUACAGUGAGUCCUUCUUAUAUGGAAACAAUUACAUUGACGAGAGUGAGGUGGACCCUGCACUUAGAAUGCCACAAUUACUUCGUGGAGAUGGUGUGAGAGGGCACCAUUACCACGUAUUUGAUGAGCCACGCUACUUUGCUGAACAUACUUAG